GAUUUAUAUUUGAUUAAUUUUAUAUUUAUUAGUAAAUUAUUUGUAUUUUGAUAUCAUGGUUAGUGGACAACGAAUCCAAUUAAAGAUUUGGGAUAAUGUAUUUCCCAAAUAUUCAAGACAAAAAGACCUACUUGCUGACUCUACUAAGCCUUUUGGUAUAGUUGUUACUUCAACAAUGGUCAAAUAUUUUAAUGGAAAAAUUAAUCUAAAUACUUCUGCAUCAACCAAAAUUUAUAUUGAGCUUCAAAUUUCCGAGGUUGAUGAAUUGAAAUCUUUAUGGAGUGAGAAGUUAGAUAAUGCAACCAUUGGAAAACUUGAAAUUCAGAGUAUUAAGAUUGGACCGAAGAAAUCAACUCUAAAAAAGUUGAUAUUUUAACGCUUAUGAAUCAUGUACAAAAAACUUUAGAAAAAAGGUAUUUUAACGAGUGGCUUUUGGCUAUGGGUGAUGAAAGACUUGAAACAAAAUCUGAGGACCACGAAGUUGAAAGGACUUGGAUUGAAAUACCAUAUGAAUAUUUGGCUGACGUUGGGGUAUCUGAACUACAUAAGAUAGUGGAAGCCACUUACCCAGAUUUUGAGCUAAGAAGAUCUGACAACAACUAUUUAAAGGAAAGGGCUAUACUCACUCCGUUAAAUGAGACCACAGACACCAAAAACGAGUACAUGAUGAGCCUCUUGCCCAUAGAAGAAAGGACCUACAAAAGCUGUGAUGAAGUAUGCUUAUCUUCUACUGAAUGUGACCAACAAUUCUCAGAAUACCCAACUGAAUAUCUAAACAGCUUAAAAUUGCCAGGAUUACCGCACCACGAGCUUAAACUAAAGGUAGGAAUGCCAGUCAUGCUACUUCGAAAUAUAAACCCCCCACAAGGGUUG